AUGUCUCUUGAUAAACUUGACUUGGAAAAGAGGAAACAAAUCAGUGUGCGAGGUAUCGCACAAGUAGAGAAUGUUGCCAACUUGAAAACGGCUUUCAAUCGUCAUCUUCAUUUUGACAUUGUCAAGGAUCGUAAUGUUGCCACGCCUCGAGAUUUCUAUUUGGCUCUCGCUAGGACCGUUUGGGAUCACUUGUGCUCACGCUGGAUUAGAACUCAACAGGCAUAUUUCAAGGAAGAUCCUAAGCGAGUUUAUUACCUCUCGUUGGAAUUUUACAUGGGCCGAACUUUGACUAACACCAUGAUGAACGUUGAUAUUACUGCUGCGAUUGAUGAGGCUCUCUACCAGAUGGGUCUCAAUAUUGAAGAAUUGGAAGAAAUCGAAGCUGAUGCUGGUCUCGGAAAUGGUGGUCUUGGCCGGUUGGCCGCUUGUUUUCUUGAUUCCAUGGCAACUCUUGGCCUUGCAGCCUACGGAUACGGUAUUCGUUAUGAUUACGGUAUCUUUGAACAGGCUAUUCGUAACGGGUGGCAAGUUGAGGAACCCGAUGAAUGGUUGCGAUAUGGUAACCCCUGGGAAAAGGGUCGUCCUGAGUAUUCCUAUCCCGUUAACUUCUACGGAAAUGUUGAGGACGCAGGUAAUGGCAAACGCAAAUGGGUCAACGCACAGCCUGUUUUCGCCAUGCCCUAUGAUACUCCUAUCCCUGGUUAUCGUAACAAUACCUGCAACACUCUUCGUCUUUGGUCUGCCAAGGCUCCUUCUGGUUUCGAUUUGCGCAUCUUUAACACUGGUGCCUAUAUUGAUGCUGUUUGUGGUCGCAACACGGCUGAGAAUAUUUCCCGUGUUCUCUACCCCAAUGACAACUUCUUCCAAGGCAAGGAGCUCCGUCUUAAACAGGAGUACUUCUUGGUCGCCGCCACCAUCCAGGAUAUUCUUCGUCGCUACCGUUGCACCGCAAAUGGUCCACGUUCUCUUGAUCACCUUGCUGAUAAGGUGGCUAUCCAACUCAACGACACCCAUCCGUCAUUCGCUAUCCCUGAAUUGAUGCGUGUUCUUGUGGAUGUCGAGGAAAUGGAGUGGGAGAAGGCCUGGAAGAUUAGUUGUGCCACCUUCGCGUACACCAACCACACCAUUCUGCCUGAGGCCUUGGAGCGUUGGCCAUGCAGUAUGCUUCAGCAUAUUCUUCCUCGCCACUUGGAGAUUAUCUACCGCAUCAACCACGAGUUCCUUCAACUUGUCUUGGCUAAAUGGCCAGGCGACCUUGACCGCAUGCGUCGUAUGUCGAUUAUUGAGGAGGAUGGAGAGAAGCGUGUCAAUAUGGCCUACCUGUGCAUUAUUGGUUCUCAUGCUGUUAAUGGUGUCUCCGCCGUUCACAGCGAGAUCAUUAAACGUGACACGUUACUCAACGGUGCCCUGACUAUUGGCACUAUGGAUGGUGCCAACAUUGAGAUGUGUGAAGAAUGUGGACGAGAAAAUAUGUUUAUCUUCGGUAUGACUGUCGAACAGGUCGAUGAACUCAACCGCAAAGGAUACAAUUCCCAAGAGUUCAUCAACGCUUGUCCAGAAUUGAAACAAGUUCUCGAACAACUCAACAACGGCUUCUUCUCUCCUGACCAGCCCGACUUGUUCAGGGACAUCUAUAAGACCAUGAUGUACGGCGAUAGAUUUAUGCUCUGCGCCGACUUCAAGGACUACAUGCGUGUUCAAGCUGAGGUUGAGAAGGCCUAUGAGGAUGAGAUGCUAUGGGGUCGCAAGGUUGUGGCCAACAUUGCUGGCGCCUGGAAGUUCUCCUCCGAUCGUACUAUCCGCGAAUACGCCAAGGACAUAUGGGGAGUGGAGCCACGCGUGGAGAAGAUGCCCGCGCCUUUCGAGGAGGUUGAAACAAAGUAG